CAGGCGGCGAGCGGAGGGUCGUUGUACGUCAUCGCUGAUGAAGUAGUGAGUGUGUACAGGUCGAGCUUGAAGACUUUCUGUGAUAAUCUACUGACACGAGUUCCUAGUCUCCAUCUGUGGGCGGCAAGUUGUUUCCAUGGACACGCACCCGACGGCUGGCCAGUGGAGUAUUUAACCAGACCCCUCCGCUCUCCACCGCGUGUCGUCAGAGAAGUCGAGCAAGACGACAUGAUCACUGAGUACCGUGAUGUACAGCUGUACAGUGAGCGAGGUGUACCCGACCACACAGACGGCCCGCCAGUCAGACGACUGUAUCACAGAGGUCAGGGUCACUCAGGUGACAGGCCAGGUGACUGUGUGACGUGCGGUCGUGAUGUGGCCAGCUUCCUACACAGUCUCCGUGUUGGUGUUACCGAGAGUUGCACAACUACAUCUACAACAGUCACUCCCACCAGCGGCGGCACAGCACCACCCUGUCUACAGUGGAGAGACGUGCUGGUGUUGUACUGGGAUGACGUUAGUGAUCAGUCGGGUGUGGUGAAGGGACUGGAAGAAUUGGGUAUCCCAGUGCGGGUGAUGAAGGAUGCUGACAUCGAGGACGUGGCCACGGCCCGCAGUGACGUGGUGUGGGUGUCGCGUGGAGAUCGUGUGUGUGGUCUGGAGAGAAAAGUUGUUGUUUGUCUACAAGAUCUUAGGUUUGACUUGUAUAACUCUGUCCGACUUCACCUCAUGUCCCGCAGUACGUCACAACUUGUGGUUGUCUCCCCUGUUUAAUGGCUAUUUUAAGAUGACUGACACACACACACCACGGUCACCUGUUGUUGUCACGUAUCUGUCUGACAUCAAAACUUGUCUUGAAUUUUUUCUUCUACUCUCUGUCUAUUACCACAUCAUCGCCUCAUUACGUCGUACACACGACGUCAUUAUAUCUUCUCACAUCACGAGGUCCGUGUCUCUGUUUACACAACAACUAGUGUCAAUAUCAAGAUCACACGGUCUUGUUUACACAACAGAGUUCGUGUUAGUAGCUCCUGUUGACGUCACAAUAACUCUUAAGUCUAUCGUCUACAAUAAAAUGUCUUUGUACAUCACUUACCUUUUGUGUGUAUGAUCAAACUCAGUAAGUAGUAAGAAGAGAGAGAAAGAAAGAGCAUGGUAUGUUUUGUGCAUGUGCGUAUGCGUUGGAAUGGCGGGUGUUGAUUUAUGCUCAUGUAAAUUUAUUAGCAUUUCAUUCAAAUAUUUUAUCUUGAGCGUCCAAUGACAAAUCCAAUACUUUUAUAAUAUUGCAUUUUUCUCUUAGCCAGAUAAUAAUUCAUGUUCACACUGAAGAAUUAAAUUCAACUUUUAUAGUGUUGGUCAGCCCUAUUAUGCCCAGUUUCUCUGCCGCCGAUCCGUUAUGACAUUGAUAUCAGCAUGUACAAAACGGAGGUCACACACACACACUAACAAAACUAGAUCAGCAUGACAUCAUUGCUCAGAACUCAUUCACGCAACCACACCUGCACAAGGCAUACCCUCUGUGUGUACGAUAGCACAACUAUUCACAGACUUGCUUAGCGUCCUUUGCAACACCAGGACAAUGAAACGGAAUGAAAGAAAUAUGCGGCAUGUCUGGGUGUCUGUUUGUACGUGGGUUUACAUGUGUCUGCGUGUGUGUAAAACAAUAAUCACGUGAACCUAAAUCGCGCAGCAUCACGACCAAGACAGAUCGCACUCUCUGAGCAGACCAAUAAUGAUAAAUGACUAAAAAUGUUGGACCUAAACUCUUUCAUAGCCACACUCAAACUUAUCUGUUAAGUCAUUUGAAACUUAACAGUGGGAGUCUGACUAGCUUGAUAUCAGUUAUUUCUCCGGAGUCAGUGAAGCUUGAUACUUGUGUUGAAUAUGAUAAUAUGGUAAGCACAAACUUUCAAAAUCCAUUUUGGCGAAAUGUCAUGAGGCAUUAUAACAAGUUUAUUACAAAGUGCAUUCCAACAUGUGAAGAAUUUCUCAGGGAGCCCAUCCACUUUAAUGGUAAUAUUAUUAGAGGCAGAAAAGUUGUAUAUAUUAACAAACGGUUGGAUGCAACAAUUUAAAAAAGAAUAGGAGACCUCACUAGUGUUGAUGUACAUUUCUGACUUAAAGAAUUCUAUGUUAGGUAUCCUGCCUUAACUAGCACGGAUCCCUUAACCUACAUGGGCCUCAUACAGUCCAUAACACAAUAUCAAAUGAAGUGUCAUUGCCCGUUAGUCUCUCAGAAUGAGCCUGUUAAUAGAAAAUUAUUAGAAAAGGGAAUAAAGAAGUUGCAAACAUUCUUCAAGACAAUAAAGUGAACCUAUCCGUACUCAGAAAGUGGAAGACGGAAUUUAAAGAAUGUAACUGGGCUGUUAUAUUUCUAAAGCCCUUUUAUACUACUAUAGAUAGCCGACUGAGAUGGUUUUAGAUAAGAAUUUCACAUCAGACCCAACCCACAAACGCAUUUCUUUUUAAAUGUAGCCUCGCUUCAUCUCUUUUUUGUUGUUUUUGUAAACAGGACAAUGUAACCAUUGAACACAUAUUCUGGCACUGUCCAUUGAGGAAACUCUUUUGGAACUAACUAUAGAAUAUUUUGAAUAACCAGAAUUAUUCAGAAGAAAUUAGGGUCUGUAAAGAAAUUGUGUUAAUUGGUAUUGGUAAAACUGAAGGGGUUAACGAACCUUUGAACUUCAUUAUUCUUCUAGCAAAAUUUUGUAUUUAUAAAUGCAGAUUCCCGAGGGCAAUACCAACAGUGGAUAAGUUUAAGCAAUUUUUAAAGUCACGAUAGAUUGUAAAGCAAUAUGGGGCAUUUACCUGUUACAUUCACCUGUUGCUGCAGACAGUAAAGACACAACAGUCAGCAGAUGUAUCACCCGGUCAGCCUCACCUCCUGCAGUAUGACCU